GCACUAAGAGAGAACAGUUUCUGACCUCGCUUGUCAUGUUUAAAGAGCUGUUGUCGUCUGCUGGUAGACACUAAAAAAGUCGUCUGCACAAGGAAAAGACAGAGCUUAUGAUUCCAGACCCAGACAAUGCUCGGAAUAGAGUUUGUUCCGGAGACGACAAGCUUCUUGUUGCUUGUCGUCCUGGCGUUGGUCUCACUGUGGUGGUUAUCAACACGACGGUCAGCAGGACUACCUCCAGGACCAGGCUUUGCUCUUCCGGUGCUGGGUCACAUGCACCUCCUCAAGGUCAAGUCAGAUACUCGGCAGCAAUUCGCAGCAUGGCGACGACAGUACGGUGACGUGUUCAGUCUGUACGUGGGCAGCCAGCUGGUGGUGGUGCUCAACGGCUACAAGGUCAUCAAGGACGCGUUGGUCAAACAAGCUGACAUCUUCUCCGACAGACCGCACUUUCCACUUGACCAAAUUCUUAAUAUGAGCGGUGUUAUCGACACUUCUGGUCCUGUGUGGAAAGCUCAGCGGAAGACGUCCCUGGAGAUUCUGAGAGAGUUUGGCAUGGGAAAAAACAUUCUGGCGGAAAAGAUUCAGGAGGAGGUCAAGGAGUAUAUCAAUGCCCUCGCGGAAAAGAAAGGUCAACCCCAAGACCUAGCCCGAAUGACCCAGGUCAGCGUGUCUAACAACAUCAGCUCCAUUGUCUUUGGCAAACGUUUUGAGUACGAAGAUCCUGUUUUCAAACGCUACAUACAAGCUUUAGAGGAAAACAUUCAAGCAGUAGGUACGGCGUCUUUCUUGCAAACAUUUCCUGCUUUAAGACAUCUUCCUGGGGAUCCGUUUGGUAUUAGAAAAAUCUUGGAAAAUUUUUUAUCGAUACUUAAUACGCUUAUCAAACCUUUCAUCGACAUCCAUGUUAAAGACUACGACGAGAAUUCUGUAGAUGAUUUUAUCAGCGCCUAUCUCAGGAAAAUUGCGAAAGCGCAGCAAAAACCAACAGCUGACUUUAUCAAUGAGGUAAACUUGCGGAAAGUUGUUUUCGAUUUGUUCGGGGCGGGAACCGAGACAACCUCAACAUCUAUCCGCUGGACCAUCGCCUACUUCCUUCACCACCCUGACGUGCGACAGUGUUACGAGGAGAUCCACAGAGUUGUCGGUACUGAGCGAGCGCCCACCAUUCGCGACAGGACCCAGCUGGUCUACCUGGAGGCCACCAUCUUGGAAGUCUUGCGCUAUUCCAGCAUCGUGCCCUUCAGCGUACCUCAUAGCACUUCUACCAGGGUGGAGUUUAGUGGAUACACGAUUCCAAAGGGCACCACGAUUAUUCCUAAUCUGCACUCUGUCCUGCACGCUCCGGAGAUUUGGGGAGAUCCCGACGUCUUUCGCCCAGAACGGUUUAUCACAAACGAUGACAAACUGUUACGAUUUGAUGAACUUAUUCCGUUCUCUAUUGGACGACGAGUGUGUCUGGGUGAGGCGUUGGCGAGGAUGGAGCUGUUCCUGUACCUGGCCGCCAUGAUACAGCGCUUCCGCUUCCUGCCACCGGAAACUGGAGAACUGCCAUCUUUGCAAGGUUCUCUUGGCAUUGUGGAUGUUCCUAAACGCUACAUGGUUCGUGCUGUCUCCAGGGAAUAAGUGGCGCAGAAUCAAAGGAGUACAUUGUAACAAAUAAUGAACGAGUGAGAGACUACAGAACAAUGGAUGGAUGUAGGUGUGUGCAUGAAUGUGCGUAUAAUGAGAAAUAGGUCUUGGUUUGCUUUAUGAGACAACGCCUUUAAUAGCUAUAAGUUUCAAAUAAAAAGAAGUAAUCAAAGUAUAUACAGGAAUAUCUCAGUGCUUCAGUACUCAUAGUAUAGGUACGUAGAAACGUAAAAUUUAAGUGUGAAUAUAUUAAUAUUAGGUAUUAUACAGAAUCCACAUUGUAUGAUUAAUUGAUAUAUAACUAUGUCAACGCCUCUAAGAUAGUAAAAGAA